GAAAAGUCAUAUAAAAAGGAGAAUUCAUCGUAAUACGAGUCUGUCACAGCAGUUUUGUUUUAUUAUUCAAAGGUUGUAAAGGUUUUUCUGGAAAAAACAAAACACGGAAGCAACGUGUAAUUUUCCCCAAAACGUUUGCUCAAUAUCAAGCAACGGGUGCAAAAACGGCUGGAAGACACAAACAACUUGGGAAUGCAAAUACUGCAGCGUUACAUAUUGUCGAGGGAAUACGACUUUUCCAUACUAGCUAAAGCAGCAACGACAGCAAGGCCUCCGUUCUUUGUACCGUCCAUACGAUUACACGAACAACAAAAUACGAAUCAUCACCUUUGAUUUGUUACCUUACUGUAUUACACCACAAAAAAGACCAAACACACAGUCAUGGAGGAUGGACUAUCAAAUGAACAAACCGAAAAGAUUCUACAGUUCCAAGAUAUUACAGGCAUUGAGGAUAUGAAUAUAUGUCGCGAUGUCUUGAUCAGACAUCAGUGGGAUCUUGAGGUUGCUUUUCAAGAGCAAAUGAACAUACGCGAAGGCAUUCCAACAACAUAUGCAGCGUCCAGAGAUGUACGCGCACCUGCAGUCAUCGAUGAUCGUUUUCUACAGCAAAUCUUCUCUGCAAAUAUGCCUGGAGGCAGAUCGGCACGUGGCGGCAUGGGUCCUAUACCGCGUAGCUUUACCGGUAUCAUUGGCUAUGUCAUAAAUAUGGUAUUCCAGUACUGCUACUCGACAUUCGCCAGCGUACUGAAUGCGUUGCUGAGUUUGGGACGAAAUGACGAGAGAAUCGUUACCGAUCCCGUGGGCGAUGUCAUGAGUUUCAUACGUUCCUACAACGAACGUUAUCCAUCGCACCCGGUGUUCUAUCAGGGCACCUACGCGCAAGCGUUAAAUGACGCCAAGCAGGAGCUACGCUUCCUACUCAUCUAUCUACACAAGGAUCCCACAAACAAUCCCGAUGUGGAUUCACUGUGCCGUACAACACUUUCAAAUCAAUCCGUAAUUGAUUUCGUAAAUCGUAAUAUGCUUUUUUGGGGCUGUGACGUAUCCUCACCAGAGGGUUAUAGAGUAUCGCAUACAUUGAAUAUGCACGUAUAUCCGACGAUGGUGUUAAUUGCACUACGCAACAAUCGUAUGGUUGUUGUUGGACGUUUUGAGGGCGACUGCAUGCCUGAGGAGUUGACACGUCGCAUGCAAACAGUGAUCUCAGCCAACGAGAUAUGGCUAAGUCAAGCACGCGCUGAUCGUUUAGAACGUAAUCUAACACAGACACUGCGCCAACAGCAAGACGAAGCAUAUCAGCUUAGCUUACGUGCCGACGAGGAAAAGGAGCGGCUGCGUCAGCUGGAACGUGAUGCAGUGCGACAAGCAGAAGAGGCUAUUGAACGCGAACGUGCCGAAGAGGCACGUAAAAAGGAGGAAAUUGCACAGCUUAAAAUCGAGUUAGCUGACCUGGUGCCAAAUGAGCCACCGGCUGGUACAGCGGACGCCAUAAGUGUCGUAUUUAAACUGCCAAACGGCGCACGCCUGGAGCGACGUUUUCUCAAUUCCAACUCGUUGAUUGAUGUGUAUAACUAUCUCUUCUGUCAUCCCUCGUCCCCCGAUGAAUUCGAGAUCACAACGAAUUUCCCGAAACGCGUCCUGUAUGCCAGUUCAAGUAAUAGUGGCGCCGUCAUCAAUGGCAAUGGCAAUCAAACAACCUUAGCUGAAGCUGGUCUGAAGCAUCGUGAGGUACUCUUUGUCAACGACCUAGAGGCGUAAUAUUCAUAGCAAUAUUUUAUACAACAACCACAAAAGCAACAGCAACACACCACAUAAAACAAUCAAACGAUCAACAUUUGAUCAGAUUUCAUAGUUUAAUGUGUAUAACAGAGAAAAUGUUAAUAUAUUUUUUUUUUUUUUUUUUGAAUUUGCAUUACAUAUGCAAAAACAACGUUAAUGGCGUAAGGAGUGUUUCCAAAAGUUAUAACAAAGUGAAACGUAUACGUAAAUUUAAGUAAGGACGCAAAUACCAACCAUUUUUUGCCGCAGCAGUGGCAUAUGUGAAAUAUGCUCUUUUGAUGCUCCUGCGUUGAUCUAUAGCAAUAUUGAAUUGUUAUUUAAAUUAUCUGUUUUCUAAUUUUCAUUAUAUUAAGUAAUUACAUGUUUUUCCCCCUUGCUCUUUAACGUACUUAUUUACACACCCGCUUAUGUGUAAACAAAAAACUAAAAAAAAAAUUGAUUUGGACUAAACUAUUUUAAUUUCCUAACAAAAGCACUAAUGUAUUGUUGCUUUUCACACACAUACACACACACACACGCUUUCAAUACACUGACAGUCGUAACAUAAACAAAAACAAACGAGAAAAAAAACCAUUUUAUCACCAACGAUCAUGAUAAGAUUUGUAGCAUUCUUAAUAUUUCUAACGAAAAGAAACUGAAAUAAAAAGUAAAUAUAGUACGUGUGCAACUUAAUUGUUAAGCGAUCCAAA